CCGGGACGCGGAUACCCGGGUUCCCGGUAGCCGGCGGCCCGGGGGCCCAGGGCCGGGAUGCAUCGCCGCGGGGUUGGAGCCGGCGCCAUCGCCAAGAAGAAACUUGCUGAGGCCAAGUAUAAGGAACGAGGAACUGUCUUGGCUGAAGAUCAGUUGGCCCAGAUGUCGAAACAGUUGGACAUGUUCAAGACAAAUCUGGAAGAGUUUGCGAGCAAACAUAAGCAGGAGAUCCGCAAGAAUCCUGAGUUCCGAGUGCAGUUCCAGGACAUGUGUGCCACCAUUGGGGUGGAUCCUUUGGCCUCUGGAAAAGGAUUUUGGUCUGAAAUGCUAGGUGUGGGGGACUUCUAUUAUGAACUGGGUGUCCAGAUUAUUGAAGUGUGCCUGGCCCUGAAGCACCGAAAUGGAGGUCUGAUAACUCUGGAGGAACUACAUCAACAAGUGUUAAAAGGAAGGGGCAAGUUCGCCCAGGAUGUCAGCCAAGACGACCUGAUUCGAGCUAUCAAGAAACUAAAGGCACUUGGCACUGGCUUCGGCAUCAUCCCUGUGGGCGGCACUUACCUCAUUCAGUCUGUUCCAGCUGAGCUCAAUAUGGAUCACACUGUGGUGCUGCAGCUGGCAGAGAAACAUGGCUACGUGACUGUCAGUGAAAUCAAAACCAGUCUUAAAUGGGAGACGGAGCGAGCGCGGCAAGUGCUGGAGCAUCUGCUGAAGGAAGGGCUGGCCUGGUUGGACUUGCAAGCUCCUGGGGAGGCACACUACUGGCUGCCAGCUCUCUUCACUGAUCUCUAUGCUCAGGAGAUCACAGCUGAGGAGGCCAGCGAAUCCCUUCCCUGA